GUAACUAAAUGUACUUGUACUUCCUGUCUGCAGUCCUCUGAUGCUGAAUGACUCUAGCUCCGCCCACUCCCUGCCCAAAUACAGUCGGCCGUUCUCAUUGGAGCAGGCUGCAGCCAGUCUGUUCCCAGCUGACCCCCCCCUCACCUCUGGACCAAUCAUCUCAGACCUCACAGAUGUGGCCACGCCCCCAGCCGACAGUGUGCUCAGUGAUUGGUCAGAUUCAGGGGAGAGCCAAUCAGUGGAGGUCAAAGAGGAGCCGUCCAAUCCUGUUGACUCACCUGUGGACACGCCCCUCUCCCCAACCACCUUCAUCAACUCCAUCCUACUGGACCAUGAGCAGCCCCCCCUCAACCCCCCCAUUACAGCCGGCCAAUCGCCUACGUCCUCUGCCCCCUCCCCUCAGUGUCAGACGGUCGCCUGCAUCGACAG